AUGGCGCGCCUAGGCUUCUUGAUCUGCGCCAUGAGCUUCCUCAUUGGUCACCAGCUGAAGAGCAGCAUGGUCCACGGGUGGAAGAUCGACCGGAAGGUCGUCGAAUGUUGCUUCUUGGCGCCCAACCUCUUGGUACUCGGUUCCGCUCCCGCCCUGGUGCGUUCUGGACCUGCCUAUUCUUCCUCAAAGCCUCUCCAACCAACACCCACUCGGCGCAUCUCCUUGCCCCCCCAUUUCGACGCCACGGAUGGUUCUUUGUGUGCAAGGGACCCAGAACCGGAUGCAUCUGAGGGCCGAAGUACUGUUCGAAUGCCGGGGCUCUCUUGUGGAGUCUACAUUAAGCUGCACUUAAGCUCAGCUGCCAUAGAUAACGAUUGCUUAGAGAGGACGGAUCGGUACGUUCUAGACUACUUCUAUGAAGACAUUGUCUUUGUCGCUGAUUUUGUUAAGUUUGACAACGAAAUCGGAGAACUUGAAGAGCGCAUUUAUGCCGCCGAAGGUCCUACGCGCGCCGAGAUUAAUCGCUGAUGAUGUCUUGAUUCAGAAACUACCUCUUCAUAGAAGAAAACACUGAUCUUGAGGCAUAGAGAACUCGCGAGUCUGGGAUUGAAGGUCGUUGUCCUGGGACAAUCGAUUGACAAGACGAGGCUGAGAUUUAGGCUUU